GAACUUACUUAAGUCUUUUUUAAUUAUUAUUACUGUCUUUCGUUGUAAUUUAACGAAGAAACACAGUAAUAACUUUUCGUUUUUUGCUUCUCUUUUUUAUUCAUUUUUAACCAGCCCUGUCCCUGCCCUGAUUGCCAUUCGCCAGAGUCUCUACUAUAUGUCGGCUGGCUGCUUCACAUAAAAAAGCUGUCUUUUUGGCUUUUGCUUUGUUCCUCUGAUUUCCCGCGACAAGUCAGUUCUUUCUUGAUCCCUGCGUUGAUUAAACAUACACUUUCAACAAAAUAAACACUAGCCAUUUUCUGUUUUUUUUUUUUUUUCCUUUUGGCUUAAACAUGAUUCCAUACCCAUUUCUUGUUGUCUAAAGGAGCAAGCUUGUUUCAGCUUUCAUAAAUUUGUGGUUUUUUUUUUUUUUGUGGAGUUGUUUCUAAUUCAAGAUGUGGAAUUCUUUUCGGGUCAAAGAAGGGAAAUAAAAGCCUGGAAAACAAGUUCUAAGUUUGCCUUGUUUGGUUUGUUGGGUUGAAUUUGAAUGUGGUGGUUUUGUUUACGGACUUAGCAAAUGUUGGAAUAUAUUUUGGAGUUGGAGAUGAGUUUGUUAUUAUUAUGGUAAAAAAAAAAGGGCGAAUCUUUUCUGGAACAAAAGUGGGUGAUUCAAUUUGCUUGCUUUGCUAGGGCUUUUAUCAUUUCCUGUCCAUGAAAGUAAACAUGAAGGCUCAAGCAAAUGGGUUCCUACCAAAUUCUGCCGAAGGGGAGAGGAAGAGUAUUAAUUCCGAACUAUGGCAUGCUUGUGCCGGGCCACUGGUUUCUUUGCCUCCAGUUGGAAGCCUUGUAGUUUACUUCCCUCAAGGCCACAGUGAACAAGUUGCUGCAUCGAUGCAAAAGGAGACUGAUUUCAUACCCAGCUACCCUAACCUGCCUUCCAAGUUGAUUUGCUUGCUUCAUAACAUCACUUUGCAUGCUGAUCCAGAAACUGACGAGGUCUAUGCUCAGAUGACACUUCAACCUGUAAACAAAUAUGAAAAGGAAGCAUUAUUGGCAUCUGAUAUGGGCCUCAAGCAAAACAGGCAACCAACUGAGUUUUUCUGCAAAACUCUUACAGCAAGUGACACCAGUACUCAUGGUGGAUUUUCUGUACCUCGCCGAGCAGCGGAGAAGAUCUUCCCACCUCUAGAUUUUUCAAUGCAACCACCUGCCCAGGAGAUAGUAGCUAGAGAUUUACAUGAAACUACAUGGACAUUUAGACAUAUUUAUCGAGGUAUCCCUCCAGAGUAUUCUUCUUAAAAUCUUUCACUCCAGUAAUAUUGGGUCUAUGUCUGCUUGCUGUACAUAAAAUUUAAGU